AUGCAUCUCUCAACUAUCACUGUGCUUCUUUCGGUUGCUCUAGCAGAUGCCGCAGCCUUCGUCACUCCUAAUAGGCACCGCAAAAACAAGGAGCCGGAUUACCCCAGAAGAUGUUACCCCGAUCCCUGUAAAGGCGUGACCUACGUGAACUCUACUGCUGUCUGCGGUGACCCACGACUUGGUCCGAAGCGGCUCCCUGGUUUCUUCCCUCUCUCUAACGAGCUCGAAACAUAUUCUCGCUUUGGCGAGCUCUGCCCAUUCGAGUUCCUAGAAAAAUGGACCGUGAACGCUUCCGACCCAAAGAGUUACUGGAUCUAUCCAGACAGCGACGGAUUCGCCGUCACAUCUGAAAAUGAGUCUAUCCUGGGGAACUACACACUCCACGUUGGUCAGAAGCUUGAUAGAUUCGGAUCUGAAUAUGGAAAAUUCCUGGCACCCCUUGGAGCUCCAUAUAUCGAGCGAUCCCUGCCACCAUCCAAUCUUUUCGCGCCGGAAAACAGCAACUUCCCAUAUAACUACCAUGUCUACGAGGUGACCAAGGAAUUUGAUAUUCUCUUGGGACCAAUUGCUCCUUGGUUUGAGCAGCCCGGGUUUGGAUCACAGCUUUUGGCUGAGUCCAGCGUGAAUGAUCUGCUGGCAGGGGGUUUCUUGAAAAGACUUGAAUUGCAAGACUAUGAUGAAGCCGAUGAGUUCUCUGCGGGCUAUCUGCCUCCUCCUCCCAAGGACUCUGAUUAA